AUGAGCAUCUCUGUUGUCUCUGCCGUCGAGCUAUACAAUCCCGAGGCUGAGGCAACACUCGGUUCUGAGGUACUUCUCGGGCCCAUCGAUCACAUGGUCUUUCCAACUGUUCCGAUCAACGUAGUCUUCAUCUACGAACGGCCCGAAAGCAACUCCGUCGAGGACUUCAUGUCGGUGCAAGCGCUGCGACUUUCACUCACACGUCUUCUCAAAUACUAUCCCCACCUCACGGGCCGCUUUCUGUUUAACACAGUCUCCCAUACAUUCGAGGUCGGCGCCUUCUCGAAAAGUGUUGCUUUCUUGCAGGCAAAGUGCGAUGCAACCCUGAGCGAGAUCGCUGCUCGGACCCAAUCGGGUCGCAUGACCAUUGAAAACCUGCCGGGCUCCGGCAACUUCUUGAUGCCGCCUUUCGAAGCCACGGUUGAAGGUGUCUGCAGGGACCCCAUCCUCGCAAUUCAACAUACUCGCUUCGCGUGCGGCGGAGUGGCCUUGGGAAUCCGCUUGCAUCACAUGGUCUGUGACGCUGGCGGCUUCUUCCAAUUUGUGCGAGAUUGGACGAGAGUCCAUCAAUUCUUGUCCCUGUCAUCCCCGCCGCAGAUUAGUUACUACCUAUCGGCACCCGAUGCCAUGUCUGCGGAGGAAAGUCUUGCCGCUCUCGAUGGCAACCCGCUGUUCUGGUACGCAGAAGAUCCGAAGUCCCAGCCGAACCCGGUCGAAGUGCCGAAUACUUCACCCAUGAGCAAUCCACCAGUUGUUGGCCACACUUUGCACUUUUCCAGCGAGGACCUUUCACUGCUGAAGAAGAAGGCCACGAAUCCCUCUGGACAAGGUUGGGUCUCUUCCUUUGAGGCUGUGUCUGCGUACCUCUGCCAGGCCACCUACAAAGCCCGCCUGCGUCUGCUCAAAGCGCAGGGAGGGCCGCCGUCGUCGGCCGCCUCCGAGUUGCGCCAGGGAUUUUGGGGUUCGAUCGACACCCGUGAUCCGUCGAGGCUCAAUCUAGGCUCUCGAUAUUUUGGCAAUGCAUCUCUAAAUAUUCUGACCCGCUUCCAACAUUCCACUCUCGCGGACGGCGAGCUCUGGGAGGUGGCAGAAGUAAUCCACGACUUAGUGCGAUCGAUGGACAGGACGCGCAUGGAGAAGACCACCACGUGGUCUGCAGCGCAACCUGACAAGAGCCGCGUCAAGUUGGACUUUGACUUCGGCACGGGUAACUUCACCGUCAGUCAGUGGUCCAAACACGACAUGUAUUCCGGUGUCGAUUUCGAGAAGGACUUGGUCGGGAACCCUGUCAGACCUGCUCUUGUUGCUCCCCCUUUCACGGAGGUAUCUUUGGUGGAUUGGUUGGCGUGGAUGGUAUCAUCGCCACCAGAGGAGGCUCGUGAAAGAAAUGCAGAUGGGGCUACCAAAUCUGCCGCGUCGCAACCCAUUGAAGCGAUCUUCUCAGUAUCUAAACCGGUGUGGACAUUGCUGAACGAUGAGGAGGGAUUUCGGAAAUUUGCGUGCUAG